UCUUGCCGGGCCGAAUGGCAGGGAAAUUUCCUCGUGGAAGAUUCGCGUGUCGCGCGAAGUGGCGACGGACAAAAUUACCGUGUUAGCUUGGCUCACGAGUGUCGCUUAAUUGUCGCUACGCCUGUCCCCGCCGCCGAAAUACGUUGCUUUUUCCCUCGCGUGUCGGGAAAAUCUCGUCCCGACGACGGUAUAAUUUAAUUGAGCAUACUGGGAACGCUUGGUCAUCACACUGCGGCUGGGGAACCCACGAGAAGGAAGGGCAGGACGAGAAUGAAAAAGGACCGGCGCGAUAAGAUGCUCUCGCUGAGAGUCAGACACGCUAUGGCUCAUUUAUCGCGCAAGGAGCACACCGCGCUGUUGGCGCGGCCGAACUGGCGGAGGCUCCGCAGAUUCGACAUGAACCUCCUGACGAAUCCCUUUAGUGUUCGGCGCGCGGCCCUGCGGAGCCGCGCCUCCAGGCGCAUCCGGGUUAUGGCGCAACCAAAAUUCGUGACCAAGAAAUACGACCCCGCAACGGUGCCGCCUCCUUACCCGCGUAUUCACCCGAAGACGCUCGCGGCUAAGAGCAGCAGACGCAUCGUCGAUCUGGCGUUGCCCCGGAAAAGGAAUCUGCUGGGAGCGAUGCAAUUGGCCCGUACGAGAAGCAUGAAGGCAACCUUGAGUGAUCUGCUGGUGAAGGUUCGAAAGUCACGAUACCGGCGGUAUCGCGUAUUCUGCAACGCGCGUCAAGAACGAGAAGCCAAGAAAAAGAGAAGACUAAUGGCCAAGUUGCGCAAGGCGCUCACGAAACCGGAAGACUGGCAGAGGCACAUGCGGGCGUUGGAGAGACUGGCCGCGCCGAAAGUGAGGCCCAAAAAGAAGCCAACAAAGAAAAGAAAGUGGCGGCCGGUCGAUCCGAAGCGACUGGAGGCAUUGGCGCAGCCGAUAGUCCGAGAAAUACCGAAACUCAAGGAUCCUUUUGCGGUAGCGGCAAGCGCGCUCAUUUACCAGAUCACCAGGCGCAUGGAGCAGCUCACGAUCGUGAGGAAACGACCGGAGAUCCCGCUGCGAAUACCGGGUGCCGUCACACCGGCCGCAAUGCGAGCCACCGCUUCCCAGAGAAUAAUCGCUUUGGCGAAGCCGGUGUCGCGUCCUGUGGGCAAGGAGACGGAUCUCAGGGAGGACGCCUUCACCGUGUCGCCGAUGGCAUUAAAGGCGAAAUGCUCCAGGCGUAUCAAGCGGCUCGCUAAACCGAAGAGCUACCCUAAACCCACCUUCAAAAUAGCGAGACCACGUCCGCGUCCAGGGCGCAAACGUCGAUGACACGCCGCAGAGAGAAAGAGAGACCCGCACGAUCCGCGCCGUUAAUUCCGUUUGUCUUCCCGCACGCUGACACGCCGCUGGUAAAUCGAGAGACUUCCGUUGUCCCUGUGGUCUUCGUCUGGUGCGCGUACACAUGUGAUUCCCCGAUGACAAAAAUGCACUAUACGCCUGCGCUGUGCAAAGAUCGUAAUAAAUGUUUAGUGCACCGUCAAAAGCGUCGUCAU